AUGGGAGAAGAGCAAAGCUCUCUAGUAACCCUUCAUUUACAAGAUCAAGGAGUGGUUCUGAUGAAGGAGUUGGAUAUCUCGUUUGAAUUCGGACUUUUAGAUAAUAAAGGGAUUCUAUAAUAUCUAAAGUUUAUAAUAUAAGCUCUGUAAAGUCAGAGACUGUUUUUAUAUCUUUAUAUUUUCCAUGAUGCCUGUCAUAGUUCAUUGCAAAUAUAAUGAGUACUUUGUAAAUUUUGUUGAAAUGCAUUUAAUUCAUUUGAUUAAUUCAACAGUUUAACACUGUGAUGGUGAUACAAAUGUGUAUAGUAGAUUAAUGAAAAUGCUGGGGAAGACAGGUAAUUGUGUCCUUUGUUUAUAGAAUGGAUUUGGGGUAAAAUGUGGAUUGGGCAUAGAAUAUAACUGUCUUGUCUGGAUCUGUCUCACCCUUGCUACCCUUGGGUUUCCUAGUCAGAGCUACCACCAUCAUGGUAGAUGCUAAAUGUACCUUUGUGAGUUUUGCAUCUUGAGUCCCAAUCUGAACCUCACUUCUUCUGCUUUUCUUCCUUUGGACUAAUCCCCAAUUAGCACAGUGUUUAUGCAUAGUUCAGUACUAAAGCCAACUAUGUUUUUUGGGGUGGACCAGGUUAAGGAGUAAUCCUUACAGUAGGAGCAUUCUGCAGAAUUUAGCUUUCAAAGAACCAACAAUUUAAGUACUCCCAAUUUUGCUUUCUCUAGUUGCUAUUGCUAGCAGGGCUUCUGCUGAUUCAACGUUAAAAGUUAUAUUAAACUGGUUUUGCCAGCUACUGCUUUUUAAAUGCCAUCACCCUGGAUCCUUAUAUUUCUCUCCGAGAAUUGUGUCACUUCUUGGCUGUUCCCUAGUCUACAGUGUUUAGACUCUUGGACAGGUUCCUCAAACUGCUUCCUACCAUAAGAAUUUUCAAGUUACCCAUGCUCUGUCUCCUUCCAUAUCUACUGACUUAUCCUCCCACUCUACAUACCCUUUCUUCCAGAAAUGGUCCUCUGCAGGGGUGAAUGUUCCUGAAAUUCCUUGUAUCCCAAUGCUAAGGCACCUUUAUAUGAAGUGGGUAAGACUCACUAAACCACAGCCAUUCAAAGAUUUUCUUUGCAUCAGCUUACGAACUUUUGUCAUGAGGAACUGUGCAGGACCCACAAACUCCUUGAAAUAUGUCCCUUUAGUAACAGGCUUAGCCUCUGCCCGCAACUUGGAACAUUUGGAAAUGGUUCGAGUUCCUUUCCUUGGAGGUCUUAUCCAACAUGUAGUUGAAGACAGUUGGAGAUCAGGUGGUUUUAGAAAUUUGCACACUAUUGUUUUGGGAGCUUGCAAAAAUGCACUUGAAGUAGAUCUUGGUUACCUCAUCAUCACUGCUGCCCGUAGGUUACAUGAAGUUCGGAUCCAGCCUUCCCUAACUAAAGAUGGCGUCUUUAGUGCCCUGAAGAUGGCAGAGUUGGAGUUCCCGCAGUUUGAAACCCUUCAUCUGGGAUAUGUAGAUGAGUUUUUGCUGCAGAGCAGAAUGGCUAAUGCAGAUCUGGUGAAGUAUGGUUUGGCUGAUGUGGUAGAAAAUCCUGGUAUCAUCACUGAUAUAGGGAUGAAGGCAGUCAAUGAAGUUUUUUCCUGUAUCAAAUAUCUGGCAAUUUAUAAUUGCCCCCAUCUACAUAACCCAUACAAUUGGAUCUCAGACCACUCAAGAUGGACUCGAUUGGUUGAUAUCAACUUAGUGCGUUGCCAUGCUUUGAAGCUGGACUCCUUUGGCCAGUUUAUUGAAUUGUUGCCCAGCCUGGAGUUUAUUUCACUGGACCAGAUGUUUCGUGAACCACCCAAAGGCUGUGCUCGGGUUGGUCUGAGUGCAGGCACAGGAAUUGGGGUUUCCUCGGCCCUUGUUAGCAAUCAGAACUCCAACAAUGACAAUGAUAAUAAUGCCCAGAAUAAUGCCAACAUCCACGACAACAAUCACCAUCACCCAGAUGACUCAGACGAGGAGAAUGACUUCCGGCAAGACCUGCAGCCAGGAGAGCAGCAGUUUGCAGCCGACGCACUGAACGAGAUGGAAGACAUGGUUCCAGAAGAUGGAGAGGUGACGGCUGAGAGUGAGCGUGAGGCUCCAGCUCACAGUCAGGCAGUGAUCCCUGUGGACGUCGACGAGGAACAAGCAGGACCCAGCGGUCUUCAGCGUGUAGUAAAACCAACCCCAAUUACUGUCCAUGACUCAGAGAGUGACGAUGAGGAAGACAGUCUAGAACUCCAAGAAGUCUGGAUUCCUAAGAAUGGUGCCCGGCGUUUCUCUGAGCGUGAAGAAAAAGCCGGAGAGUCUGUACAGUCCAGGGAAUUAUCAGCAGUAAGUGGAAAAGGCAAGACUCCACUUCGAAAGAGGUACAACUCCCAUCAGAUGGGCCAGUCGAAGCAGUUUCCCCUCGAGGAAAGCAGCUGUGAGAAAGGCUGUCAGGUCACCAGUGAGCAGAUCAAAGCCGAUAUGAAAGCAGCUAGGGAUAUUCCUGAAAAGAAAAAAAACAAGGAUGUUUAUCCCAGCUGCAGCAGCACCACCGCCAGCACAGUGGGGAACUCCAGCUCGCACAGCACUGCUUCUCAAAGCCCCGACUUUGUAAGGACGGUGAACAGCAGCGGCUCUUCCGAGCCUAGCCCUACAGAAGUGGAUGUGUCCAGGCAGUGUGUCUGCUCCCCCGGUGGGUCAGAGGACUCUGAGGCCAUGGAGGAGGGAGAUGCAGAGAGUUCUGUCUGCCCCAGAUGCUGCUGUCACAGGCCCCAGGAAUCCCAAAGGAGAACUAGCAGGUGUUCUGAUGAGGAACGUCCUUCAACCAGCCGAGCCUGUGUUGUGAAUGGCCCGGAUGGUACGAGAUCCGCCUUUUCCUUUAGGACUCUGCCACCAGGGGGGUCUUCAGGCCCAGCACAUGAUGAGAGGACUAAUGGGAGUGGCUCUGGGGCUACAGGUGAGGACAGGAGGGGGAGCUCCCAGCCUGAGAGCUGUGACGUGCAGUCUAAUGAAGACUACCCUCGGAGGCCCCUAACAAGGGCCAGGAGCAGACUCUCCCAUGUACCGCUGGUAUCUGAGUCAGGUAUGACAACGCUGCCAGGAUUAGCUACUGCAGAGGUUGCCAAAACAAAGCCACGUCAUGCCAUGAAGCGGAAACGGACAGCAGAUAAGUCCACCAGUACGAGUGAUCCUGUGAUUGAGGAUGACCAUGUGCAGGUCCUUGUAUUAAAAUCCAAAAAUCUUGUUGGAGUCACUAUGACCAACUGUGGAAUCACAGAUCUAGUGCUGAAAGACUGUCCCAAGAUGAUGUUUAUCCAUGCUACCAGGUGCAGGGUACUGAAACAUUUAAAAGUAGAAAAUGCACCAAUUGUAAACCGAUUUGACUAUGCACAAUGCAAGAAACUGAAUAUGGAUCAGGUACUAGACCAGAUACUAAGGAUGCCUCCUGAGAGAAACCGUAUCAUAUACCUACGCCCCAUGCAGCAGGUGGACACACUAACGUUGGAGCAGAAGCUAUUUAGUGGUCCCUACCCCUAUCACAUCUGUAUUAUCCAUGAAUUCAGUAACCCUCCCAAUGUCCGGAACAAGGUGCGCAUUCGCAGCUGGAUGGACACGAUAGCAAACAUUAACCAAGAGCUCAUUAAGUAUGAAUUCUUCCCUGAAGCCACACGAAGUGAAGAUGACUUAAAGAAGUAUCCCAAGUACCCAUGGGGUAGAGAAAUCUAUACUUUAGAAGGUGUUGUGGAUGGAGCGCCGUAUUCCAUGAUUUCUGACUUCCCUUGGUUGAGAUCACUACGGGCAGCAGAACCCAACAGCUUUGCCAGAUAUGAUUUUGAGGAUGAUGAAGAAAGCACCAUCUAUGCUCCUCGAAGGAAAGGGCAGCUGUCUGCAGACAUCUGUAUGGAAACAAUAGGAGAGGAAAUUUCAGAGAUGCGUCAGAUGAAGAAGGGCGUGUUUCAGCGAGUAGUGGCAAUUUUUAUCCACUAUUGUGACGUCAAUGGAGAGCCUGUUGAAGAUGACUACAUUUAACUGGUCCCUCCUCUUUCCAGCUAUUCUGGCAGUAAGCUGCUGGGGCCAUCCAGCUGCCAGAGAGCUUCACAGAGCCUUGGGGCAUGCAGUUGGGAGGCUCUGGCGCGUUUUGGUAUAUAGGAAAUGUAUAAGGAACAUUGAAGUUGUAUACAAAGAUUUGUACAUAGAGGAAAUACUUCCUAAGUACCAACUUUAUAUCAUAUGUUUAUACAAUUUAAUUUAAAAAUUCAUUUUAAUGAAGGCAGAGAAUUGGAAAUAGUUCAUUUUGUUCAUUUUUCCAGACUUAGUUCAUAAAGUGUCACUUUCUGGCUGAGCCCCUGUUUACUAUAUUCUUAAUCAUUACUGUCACGCCCUUAAAUCUGUGCCUUUUUCUUCUCGAGCAGAGCUGUUUGAGUAAACCUGUUGAAGCGUCUUUUUGUCUCUUGUGCUUUUUUUGUGUUACUAUUAAAACUCCAACUAAACCCUA